AGCUUCGAGUCGCCAUAUGGGAUGCAUUAACACCAAAUUGACUCCUCCUCGGAACCAAAACCACAACACAGAGAGAUUGAAACCAAACAAAGACCAUGCAAACACUGCUUCUCCACCCACUCACGUGGAAGUGAGAUUAGAAGAGGAUAUUAAUAAGAAAGUGUCGAGUGAGAAAGAAAAUAGAGAUAGUACUAGUAAGGUAGUAAAGGGUGUUCCUAGAAAUGAUGACAAAAGUGAAGUUGGAAAUGUUUCAGAGAGAUCUGAGGAGAAGAAGAAUAUUGCACGCAAUGAAUUUGUGGAGGGGUGGCCAAAAUGGCUCGUUGAUAAUAUUCCACCAAAUGUUUUGGCUACUUUGGUCCCCAAGAGUGCUGAUUCAUAUGAAAAACUCGGAAAGGUGGGACGAGGUACAUACAGUAAUGUAUACAAAGCCCGAGAUAAGGAUACUGGAAAGAUUGUUGCUUUGAAGAAGGUAAAGUUUGACACAUCGGAUCCUGAAAGCAUAAAGUUUAUGGCAAGAGAGAUCGUGAUACUGCAGACACUGGAUCAUCCCAAUGUCAUCAAACUGGAAGGACUAGCGACAUCAAGGAUGCAGUAUAGUCUUUAUCUUGUUUUUGAUCACAUGAAAUCUGAUCUUACAAGAAUCAUCUCUCGCCCUGGGGAGAAACUCACUGAACCACAGAUCAAGUGUUACAUGCAGCAGCUGCUUUUGGGGCUCCAUCAUUGUCAUGAGAGAGGAGUUAUGCAUAGGGAUAUUAAACCAUCAAACUUGCUAGUGGAUAAAAAAGGGGUGCUAAAAAUUGCAGAUUUUGGGCUGGCAAAUUCUUUUGCUAUUAAACCUGAAGGGCCUUUUACAAAUCGAGUGGUGACACUUUGGUAUAGAGCUCCUGAACUUCUAUUAGGUUCAACACAUUAUGGAUAUUCAAUUGAUCUAUGGAGUGCAGGAUGCUUGUUGGCUGAGAUGUUUCAUGGAAGACCAAUUAUGCCUGGGAGGACUGAGGUUGAACAGAUUCACAUGAUCUUCAAACUUUGUGGUUCACCUUCAGCGGAUUACUGGAUGAAAACGAAGCUAAUGACAAGCUUCCGUCCGCCACCACAUUAUAAAGCAAAUUAUGAAGAAAAUUUUAAGGACUUUCCUUCCUCUGCUUGUGCUCUCUUGACUACACUUCUUCAUCUGCACUCUGAUUCUCGUGGCACCGCUGCCUCUGCUCUUGAAAGUGAAUUUUUCAAAUCAAGUCCAUUAGCAUGCGACCCUUCAGCGUUGCCAGUAAUCUACAACGAUGAGGAUGAACGCUCACAAACAAAGAGACGCAAAAGGCGCAAGGGUCUGAAAAAUAAAGGGCAAGUAUUUCAAACAAGUGCAUCCAAUGUGAGCCACUCACGAAAGAACCAAACUGCAGAACAACGAUGGAGAGAUUCAGAAUCAUCAAAGGAGAAGAGGGUGUUACAAAACAUGAAAGGAGAAGAAACAAGGAAUAGUGGAAGUAGCAGCGCGUGGUCAUUCUUUAUGAACGAGAGGAGCAUGAGCAUGAAUGCAUCUUUAUCACCACUUUUUCUCUCUAGUGUGAGAAAAUCCCCCAGAACUGAGGGCCAUCCCAAUGCUCUUAAGAACAUAAAAAACUAUGCCCUCUUACAAGCCUCUAUAAUUGAUGUCAUCAAUCGCAAUGAAAGCAGUGAAAUUGGUCCCUUGCGUAAGUCCUUUUCUGCGUUGGAUUUUCGGCUUGAUCAAGAGAAGCUAUCAAGCUUCUACGGACCAAAUAACAAGUUGGGUAACGAAAUGUGAUUUUCUGUCUCUUCCUGUUCUAUAAUCCUUGGUAGUCUGAACAUUCAGAAAUAAAAUUUACUAAUUUACCGUAUAAUUUAUUAUAGACAAUAUUUUUAGAAUAAUAAGUAUAUUUUGAAAUAAUGUUUCCUCUUUAUCUCUCUAUUACACAUUCACACUAUCUAUCUUAAAUUUCUCUUCUUCCCACUUUUCUUUGUAUAAAGAAACUGUACAAAUAAUGUUGUACAGAUACAAUCAAUACAUAUAAAGCAUA